AUGGCUCGGGCGCUAGAUCCACCGGUCAUUUCCGCUCCUUCUAGUAGACACUCUUUAUACGGCUUAUCAAAUACUUUCCAGCAUAUAACGAGCGAGGAAUCGGCUCCUCAAGCAUCUAAAAUCAGAAGCUCUACAUUUCAUCCACGUGCUCAGAGUAAAUGGCCCGUUAUCUUCUCCCUUCUGGCAGUUGUGGCAAUCACACUCGCCUGCUUCCGCAUUUUUCACAGGCCGACAAAAGUGGGAAGCACACAGCGACAACUAGGGGAUAAGCUGCCUAAGGCAGAAGAAGACCCCGAGCUGUCGGAAAUUCUAGAGAUGUGCCUGGACAUGGAGCAGGAGAGAGGUCACUUGCUGCCAUUUCCAGCAUUCCAACCACAAGAAAAGUUACUAUUUCGUGAAGGAAUUUAUUUAAGUUCCCAGCACGAGCAACGCGAGCAAAGAAGUCAGACAAAUACCCUUUCAUUUUGGGUGGAGGUUCCUCCUUCUCCGUCUCCUGGUCCUACUCACCGCCCGGAGUGGCCUUGUGGAUCAACAGAGCAGCGUCUCAAGGAAUGGGUCUCUACCUCUCAGGAGAAAAAAGAUACUCUUUCUGAUGAAGCAUUGCCCUCGUAUUCGUCGACGCUGCAGAGCAAUGGAGCGUCUUUACAUCCUAUGGGGGAAAGUGGGUGUAAAUCCUCUACAACUGGCUGGUCCAGUACCGCCUUGUCACUUGAGGGUCAUCCUACACCUGAUACUUCCUCAGGGACCUUUCCACGUGUGUAUUCCACUUUGACGCAGCCUGAUGUUUCGACAAACUCAGGAAUCGCCGAGGGAAUGUUGACAACAAAGCAACCCUAUAUGUUUCCAAGAAAUCAGCCUGGCGCAGGCCAUCAGCACAUGCCAUUUCAUUGUGCGGCUAUGUCACACAAGAGUCAACCUCCGACUUUUGGCGCCAGGAUCCCACACGGACCUCCAUUCCCUCAAAGGGAGCAAAAUGCAGGGACGAUAAAACUUCAAACCAGUGCUGCUGCGCCUUAUGAUCCCUCAGAAGUCCAAGCAGCCAUUUUUUCGCAACAGCAGCCCAUCUCAGCCGCAAAUGCUGGGGCGCAGUUGUUAAUUCCCAGUUUGAAACCUGCAAGGCAAACUGUGGGCGUUGAGGUCGGCAAGCUGGCUCCUGAAAGGCCCAUUUUUCCACGACCUCUCUAUUUUAGGAGGCCCGUCACUGAGCAUUUAUUUUAUAGGCUGCCAAGAUUGAAGCCAGGUAUUAGACUAAUGGCCUUCUCUGUGGACAAUGCAUUUAAACGAUCCAACCUGCUUCCGCAAAUUUCUGUGCUUUUAGCAUUCAUGCGCUCACUUUUAAUCAAAAAGGAGCUCAAUCAAGAUGAUGCAAACGAACUUAUUCUCAUGAGUGAGCGGAUUGUUUGUCAUUUAUACUACCUUCACCGAAGCACUCUUACCACCCUAACCGCUUCCAAAAUUUUACUAACUUUGGGGCUUCGGUACCUUAUGCUGGAUAUGCUUGUCUGUGUGGUUCAUAUUAUGGGCCCGGCAAUGCGUGCAUCCCAGUGGUGGCAUAGGCUCGUAAAACAAAUCCCAACAGACGUGGCUGUUGAAAACCUACGGUUGCAACUCAGAUGCAGCAGGUAUUACGCAGGGCUUUCACUACGACUGAGCGCAGCGGUGGAAUCGCUGAAGAGAGGCGUUCGACCGGGACCAAAGGACACUGUUGAAUUAAAGCGCGAGCUUUUUUGCAGCGAAAUGUCUCUUCGGACUUUCAAGAAGCCCCAGUGGGAAAUAUGGCGCAUGGAUGACAGAAACUUCUUUGAGACUUUGCCGGAGGCUCUCGGCCGCUGA